GCUAAACUAUUGUCUUGCCCUGCCAUUGACAACCAUUAGCCAUAACUAAAUCUAACGAGUGAUCAUCAACAAGACCUCCAUUAUUAACAAGUAAAUCAAUAUCCCAUAUUUUGCUGUUGGAUUUACACCCCUAUUAGCUGUCUUUAUGUCCUCAUUCAAAUCCUAUUUUUCUUCAAAUCAUAUGACGGAUCAAAAUUUACACUACAGGGAGUAAGAAAAAAAAAAAAAAAGGAGAAUUUUGAAUGAGAAAGAAGCCAAAUUUAGACUAGUAAAUUACCAACACAAAGACCCAUUAAUCCUCCACAUAAGAAACAGUUGAUGGGUUUUUGUGGACUAUCGAAAUUUGAUCUCUAUUUCAUAGCUGGAAGUAUUGGUGGUCAUCAAAUUCUACAAUUGUGUUUGAAUUGAUUUGUCAAGGUGGGAUUUUUAUUUGAUGCACUUUGAAAUUAGCUGCAAUUCGUUGUCUUGAUCUAAAGUGAAGAAAAAUUACAUGUUCAGAUCCCAUUGCUUCAUUUGUUUAUCAAAAAGAGUGUGAUAAAAGGGAUGGGUAUUGGGUUGUUAGAGAUUGGAGUUAAAAUGAGGAAAGCUGUAAUCUUUCAUAUGAGAGUGUGUUAUAGGACAGUUUGGAAUCAUCCAUUCCUCGUGGGUAUGUUGUGUUUCUUUGCAUUUAUGUAUAGAACAUUUCCUUCGGUGUUUUCCCUCCUGGUGUCUGUUUCCCCUAUUCUUGUUUGCACUGCUGCUCUGCUUGGAACUUUACUAAGUUAUGGUCGGCCUAAUAAUAUACCCGAAUUUGAAUGGGAAGAAAACGCAACUGAUCAUAUAGUGCCUUUGGAAACUGAGUUAUCACGAGAUGCUACUCGUGCUGAGAGAUAUACUGAUCAAGAGAGGGAUAAAGUAGACCAAUCACCGCUUAGUGAGGUUCAUAGGGGUAAAAGGUUUGGUGAUCAUUCUGCUCUAGUUGGUGGAGUUUUAGUUGGUGGGGUUUCUGGGCAAGUGGCAAGGGAGUUUUAUGAGCAGAAGAAUGAAAAGAAUGAUGAGAAAAUUAGUGAUGCGGAACUUAUGGAGAAUCAGGUUGAUGAUGAGAGCGUUGAAUUUGAGAAUGACAAAUCAGUUGAUUCCUUUGAUUCCAGAAGGGUUAAUCUUGAUUCUCCUCCCGGUUCACCUUGGAAACAUAGAGAGGAGGCCUUAUAUUCAGGGUCUGAUCGAGCAGAGAGCUCUUCUCCAGAUGCUUCAAUAGCUGAUAUUAUGCCAAUGCUUGAUGAGCUCCAUCCGCUUUUAGAUGAAGACACUCCUCAACCUGUCGGUUUGUUGUCGCAAGAUGUUUCUCAUGCUCCUUCUGAAAGUUCUAGCAACAAUUCCUCCGAGAGUGAUGAUGAUGAAUCUGACGACGGUUCUGACGAUGAUCAGGAAGAACUAGAAGCUGCAGAUGAUGAGAACGAAGAUGGCGAAGAUGAAGAAGAAACACGAGAUAAAGAAGAUCCACAAUCUGCUAUUACAUGGACGGAGGAAGACCAGAGAAAUCUAAUGGACUUGGGAACCUCCGAGCUAGAAAGGAAUCAACGAUUGGAGAGUCUUAUUCAAAGGAGAAGAUCACGAAAGAACAUGGUAGACGAGAAGAAUUUAAUAGACUUUGUAACAGCUGAUUUUCCAUCAAACAUCCCUCCCAUUUCAACAGCAAGACAGAACCCUUUUGAUCUUCCUAAUGAUAACUGUGACCUUGGACUGCCUCCUAUCCCUGGCUCUGCUCCAUCUAUUUUGUUGCCAAGGCGAAACCCCUUCGAUCUUCCUUAUGACCCGAGUGAAGAAAAACCUGAUCUUACAGGAGACAUUUUAGAACAAGAGUUUAUCACAUCUCAACCAAAAGAGCCAUUUUUUAGGAGGCAUGAAAGUUUUAGUGUUGGACCCUCAAUCUUUGGGAUGAACAAGCAAGACAAGAAAGAUAGUACCCGUUUUAGACCUUAUUUUGUUCCUGAUGUAAUGGCUUCUGAAGGAACAAGUUAUUCACCAUUUCAAAGGCAACCUAGCGAUAUCAGUGAGUCCAAGGCAAGUUCUGUUCUUGAAACGGAGUCACAGGGUUCAAUUGAAGAUCUGGAAGACAAGAACCUGAAUGAAGAGCUGGAAGGGAAAAACCAAACAGAUGAACAUAUCUUCAAGGAGCCGGAGCUGAUAAUAUCUAAGAUAGAGCAUGCUUCUGAGGAUGUUGGACAUGGAAGCCAAUCUUCCGAAGAAGUGGAAUGUCUUGUCCUAGGUGCAGCUGAGAAGAGAGAUAUUGAACUCGAUGACACUGAUCUUACACUACAUAAUGUGGAAAAUCAUCAUAAAGGGGGACCAAUUGUGUUCCAUGAAGAAACAGCAGCCAGUUCCAUGGAACUUGAUCCGUCUAAAAUUUCUUCAAAGUCAGCAACUUCUGAAAAGAAAUACAGUAGUCAGUCAAGCUCCUCGUCAUCAUCAGAAGUAAGUGAACGGAUUUUUGCUGACAAAGAAGUAGUGAGAUCAAGUCCAGAUGUUGAAACCAUCUCUGAGCAACCUUCACCUAAUGGGUCAGAUCUGAACAUCACAGUCAGUUCAGUGGACGAGAGUUCACAUGUGGAACCUAUUUAUGAUGCCAGUCCUCCUUCCAUUAAGAAAAACAUUUCUUCUUCCUCAAUUGCUUCAGAUCUGCUUCCAGAAUCUGAAAUGGCGCUGGUCCCUGAGUUGGUUAAAACGGUGGAAAAUACUCAACACAUUGACAAGUCCAUUCCGACUAAGGAACAGGUAUUUUCAUCAGUAGAUUCCCAAGAAUUGCGGCCGAGAGAGGCGGUAACGGACAAAACUGAGAAGUUGGAGAUAUCAAAAAAUGAUGAAGUCUUUGGCAGUGCAAAUGCUCCUCCAGUGCCUGUAGCUGAUAGUCAGGCAUCUAUUGAUUCGAAAUCAUCCACAAAAGAGGCACCUGUUUCGAUUGAGGAAGCAGGGACCAUGGAGAGCUUGAAUGUGUCAAAAAUCCAAGAAGUUCCUCCUAAUAUCAACUCUCCCAGGAGUCCUGAGUCUGUUCAUAAGCCACCUGAUGCUAAGGUGGCAGCUGAAGAAUCUGAGAGUUUGAAAAAUGGGCCAGUACAUGAGGUGUCAAGUUUGAAAGACCAUGAGGUAGGAUUACCAACUCUUGAACCAAGACCAACUGGAGACGUUGAUUUGAUUCAUAAGCGUCUCCCUGAAGAGAGUGCUGACAGACACAUUCUUCCUGAUUCAAUUGAUGGCGAUGUCCAUGCAAGAGAUUCCAAAAGUAAGGGAGAUUCCUUACAUUCACAGGAUGUCGGGAUAGACUCAUCUACGAAACAAGUCUUGAAAGACGAUAUAGAUAAACCAAACGCGAGCCUUCAACAAAAAUCAGAAACUGGACCACGUGAAGCCAGCUCAUCCAAGAAUUCGGAAUUAAGUCUUAAAGAAUUUGUUUUAUCUGUAAGAAGUGAAGCUGAUGCUGAAAAAGUAGAUCAGAAAGUUGUAAAACAAGAAGAUAAGGAAACAACCACUAAAAAGCCAGAUCGUGCAGUUGAGGUGCCUCAAGAGACAGGUGUAGUUACAGGUGAUGUUAAAGGCAAGAAAGAAAACCCCACAAGUCAGGAUCAAGUUCAAGUUCGAGUGACUUCGAAAGAGAACGAGGAUAGCUAGAAAAUUGGGAGAAAAAGAGGGAUCCUUUGGGUUUUCUUUUUCCUUUGUUAGUGAAUGAAUUAUUAGAUGUUCAAGCUGGUUUCCGUUAUGUUUAGGUUAUGGGUAGUUAGUAUUCUUUUUUUCAUUUUUUUGGUUGUGCAUUGGCCAGAGCGACAUGUGAACUGCUUCUCCUUCGAGAAUAAGUUUCUAUUUGAUUUCUUGAAGUAUUUUUCUUAGCAGUUCUGGAGAUUAGCGGGAGAAAAAGGGAUUGUUACUCGUUACAGAUAAACACUCUACUUUUUGGCAUGUAAAAGUUCUUGUUUUAGUGUUUUUAUGGAAAAUAAUAGUGAGACAGAGUUGCAGAUA